CCCAACUGCCCACUCAGCCCACUCAAAUUUUUCAUCGCCUUCUUCGCGAGAACCUUCUGACAAAAUUCUCAAGAACCCUAAUUUCUUCAGAUCUUCUCACUCAAAUUUCUGAGAAAAUGAAGAUUGUUGGCGCUAAUGUUCAUUUCCAGAAGUUGGAAGCCAAGUGCUCUUCACCAUUGUUCUAUCAAUCCUAUCUGGAGAUGAUUGCUGCUAACGAGCUCUCCAAAUUCCUUCAUAUGGAGAUUCGAUUCAAGUAUGAGAACGAAGUUCUUGAAUUCUACAAGAAUGGAAAGGUCAAGACUUUUAAAUCGAAGAAGGACCCACAUAGGACGAUUCAAAUCAUCAAGUCCAUUCUUGGAGGAACUGGAGUGAAGCUCUCUCAGAAGAAAUUGGGAGAAAAGCUUCACCUUCCCAAUUCUGGAGUUGAAAUUGGGAGACUUCCAGCCAAGAAUCUGGAUUGGAAUAUUAUUGGAAUUUCUGGGCAAGUUCCUUCUGGCCCAGCGAAGAAAGCAGACGUCAAGGUCUGUACAUUGGACAUAUUUUGGAGUCCAUGGGUGCUGCUUCUGAAGGAAAGAAAGGAUGAAGCUUCUUCAGACAAUGUGCCAAUCAUAAAUCUGAAGAAAACAGCCAAGAGGAAACAUGUGGUGUCUCCCUCUCCAAGUGUUGAAGCACCACAGAACCUUGCUCUGGUCAAUCUGGAAGAAGAAGAAGAAGUUACUGCACAAGGAGAACUUCAAAGGAAGAAAAAGAGGAAAAUCACCUCUCCCUCAACUUCUGGAAAUGUCAAUCCGAAUGAGUUGAAGGAGAAGGAACCGGUUGAGGAUAACCCUGACUACAACCAGAGCCCUCAACAACAGGAAGAAGAAGUUCAUCAAGUCCAUAGUCUUCCAAACCCCUCAACUCAAUCUCAAACAGAUGAUGCUGAUAACCAAUUCUGGCAGCUCUACUAUGACUGGAGAGCUUGGAAGGUUGGAAAUUCAGCAGAGCAGUUGUUGGGAUGGGACCAACAAUUGAAGAAUGAAAAGAUCAUCAAGAAGUGCCUGGGACUGCCAGUCAACUACAGCUGUGAACAAAUCUUGGAUGAUGACUGGGUAUGGCAAAGGAACUAUGAAGACUUGCAUCUGGAAUACUUGGCCACCUCACCAGUUUCAGAAUUUGAAGUGGAUGAGGAAGAUCCUUCAGUCUACAAACCAGUCUUCUCAAAAGCCACCGAAGAUCAAAUGAUUCACACGUCUGACGCACAGGCUGACUUGGAAGCAAUUGCUGAGGAUUCCCAAAUAUUUCCGAAAACCUCACCUGCCUUUGAACUGGUUCUGUCUGAAGCUGUCCAAGAGAAUGCAGCCUCUACUCCACAAGAACAGAACCAGGAAGCAUCAGAAGAAGAACUUCAGCAACAUCUCCAAUCUCAAGUCCUUGAGAUUCUCACAACUCCUUUCCAAGAGGAGCAAGCUGUAGAAAUCCAAAGGAAUUCUACAGAAGCUGAAGAGGAAGUUCAAAUGGCAGCACUGGAGGCCCCUGAAACUCCAGUAGCCAUUUUUGAAGAGCAAAAUGAAGGUGAAGAAAGAGACUCCCUCUCUAGGGAUAUAUCAAAUUUUAUACUUGAUGAAGCAGAGGAAGAAUCUAAAAGGACGCUGAAGAUUGCUGAUAAAGAAGCUGAGCAAGAAGAUGCUGAAUCUCUUCCUAUGCAACUUUUCCAAAGAACACCAUCUUCUCAUCAGAAGGUCCAAGGGUUGAUUGAAUCAGCCCUAGCAUCUCAGCAUGCCUCCUUUAGACAAGAGAUAGAGCAGAUGGAAGCCAGGUACAACAAGCUGAUGGAGAAAUCCGAAGAGACACACUGCUCCAAUCUCAAGGAGAUAAGCAAAUCAGUGAACAAGACUCUAGAGAUCAUUUCUCUAUUGAGUAACUCUGUGAGCGACACAAUGGAGACAUAUGCAUCUGACAGUUAUCUUCAACUCAAGGAAGUUAACAAAAUCAGAGAGCAAAUAGAAAAUGUCACAAUCAGUCUGCAGAAGCAAAUGUCCCUUCUCGAAAUGGACAUCAGAGCAGCCCUAGCAGUGUCUUCAGCAAAUCAGGUAGUAACCAAAGACUACUUGAAGGUUAUUAUUGACAAUCAGAAGGAAGCACACAGACUAUUCAGACACCUUAGCACAAGCUCUGGCAACCACAAGACGGAAGUGAUUCUUCAACAACACAGUCCAUCCUUGAUUCCAGAGCUUCCUAUUGCAGUCAAGGAAGGAGAAGUCUCUUAUAUUCCUUCGCAUCUGAACAUGACUGAUCUGAUCCUUGAAGCUCAGAGAAAUAAUCCGGAGAACUCAGCACAACAUUUAUCUAGCUCAGGACUGGAUGGAACAGAGGCUGUUGGAACCAUUGUCUCACAUUUCUCAAAUGAGGACCACACAAAGGAGAGAUACAACAACAUAAGGCGCAUUAAAGAACUAUGUGGAAACAUGCAAGGCAUUAGGCUGCCCAUCCGCGGCGAUGACAUCGCGACGUACGGUGGCGACGAUUGGAUCCUCAAUAAUGAGGCGGUCGUCAUUCGCGAGCUUGGGAUCACCAACUUGAUCCGUCACAGCGGCGCGCCGACGAUCCACUCGGUCCCACCGGAGAAGCGCCUCCUACUCUACAUCCUCACCCAGAUCCUCCGCCCCCGGGAUGGCAGCCACACCUCGCUCUUCAACGAGGACUUGAAGGCGAUUCACGCCAUCAUGCACGGCGCCUCCAUCAAUUGGACGAAAUUUGUCAUGCUUCACAUGAUGGAUUGCGCUUCCAUCAUCAACGAGCAGAGCUUGUCGUACGCCUUCCUCGUCAUGGACCUCGUCAUCUCUGCCGACAUCCACAUUGCCGGGCCAAGCACGAAGAUGACAAAGCUUUGGAUCAUUGCCGAAAACACCUUCAAGAAAAAGUCUGGAACCCGAGACGGCGCCAGAUCGAGUUGUGCCCGUGCCCCUGCCCCUUCCCCCACUCCCGCUCGGGCCUCGUUACAGUCCAUAGCCGACACCCUAAAUCGGCUAACCCUCACGGUGGACGGAAUGGGUCAGUACAUGGAGAGGAUGGACUGGACGCUGCAACGCCAACACCACGACAUGAGGGCGUUCUUCCGCGGCAUCAACUACGUCCCGCCGCCUUUCGACAGCACCAUCCUCGGUCAAAACUUUGAAGGCGAGGAUGAGGACGACGACUCCUAUGCUCCGUCCUCCUCCCCCGAUGAGGCUGACUUUGAGGACGCGGUGAACGACGAUCCCAUGGACGUCGAGGACGACGAGGAUGACGAAGCCGACUCCUAGACUCUUUUUAUUCCUCUUCCAAUAUGAUUG